AUGACAUCUCCGAACGACUACAGUGUCGGAUGGAUCUGUGCGAUCAAAGUCGAAUAUCUGGCUGCACGGUUGUUCCUCGAUGAAGAGUAUGCACCUCUGAAAACUCAAAACCCGAACGAUGACAAUGUGUACACGCUUGGUCGUAUGGGAGAACAUAAAAUCGCCAUAGCCUGUUUACCAAAGGGCUCAUACGGUACUGUGAGCGCAGCCAAUGUCGCCAAGGACAUGCUCCGCACUUUCACCAAUAUGCGAUUCGGGCUCAUGGUCGGCAUUGGCGGCGGUGUUCCCACGAGCUCCCACGACAUUCGACUUGGUGAUGUUGUGGUGAGCACCCCUGAUGGUGCCGACGGCGCUGUGCUGCAGUACGAUUUUGGGAAGACGAUCCAGGGAAAGCAAUUCAAAAUGACGGGGCAUCUGAAUCAACCGCCCCAAAUCUUGUUAUCUGCUGUGCAGAAUCUUGGCAUUGAACAUCAGAUAAAUGGCCACACCAUCGACGAAACGAUUACAAGUAUACUUGCCGCCAAUCCUCGCGCGAAGAAGCAGUGCCAGAAGCCGGACCCCGAGUCAGAUCUGCUGUACCACAGCGACGUCGUCCACACGGACGGGAAGGCGCCCGAAUCUUGCAUGACCGGGUGUGGCAAUGCGUCGGAUGUGAUUAUCACGAGACCGGACAGGCUUGAUUACGAAAAGGGCACCCAAAUCCAUUACGGUCUCAUCGCGUCGAGCAAUUCGCUAAUGAAAGACGCCAAGGUUUGUUUCCGCAUCGCGACGCAGGUAGAAGACGCUGACCCUGAAACCAAGAUACGUGACGCACUAGCCGGGGAAAGGAAUGUCCUCUGCUUCGAGAUGGAGGCAGCUGGGCUGAUGCCAUCCUUCAAGUGCCUGGCCAUCCGAGGGAUAUGUGACUACUCAGAUUCUCACAAGAACAAAAUCUGGCAAGGGUACGCAGCAAUGACAGCUGCAGCAUAUGCGAAGGGACUGCUUGGCAGGAUCAGCCCGCAGCGGGUCGAUGCUGAGAACAGAGUCUUGCUCGACCUCCUCAGCUCGACAAUUAUCCAGAGCCUCCUCGAAGAAAAGGGGAUUCUGCUGUACUUCUUCUUCGACUUCAGCGACAAAGCAAAGCAAUUUUUUGAAGACAUGCUGCACUCGCUACUGUACCAGCUUUACUGCAUAUCGCCCAGUACCCAUAAACCGCUCGAUGAACUUCUCGAUUCCAUCGAACCAUCACAGCCUAGCGUUGCCCAGAUGAUCUCGACUUUCAGUGCCAUAGCGGGCGCAGUGGAGCGUUUACGCGUGGUUAUAGAUGCACUCGAUGAAUGUAUCACGAAAAACAUGCUGCUUGCAUGGCUGCAAGACGUAUGCGGGAGGAAUACGCACUUGCAACUCAUCACAACCAGCCGCCCAACGCAUGACAUUGAAUCUUCCAUCCGAAGCUGGGCUCCUCCGAGGGCAGAUGUGUUCCUCGGGGCCGGUCUCAUUGACCCAGGCAUAUGCGAGGUCAUCCACGACAAGGUUUCGUUCGGCCACCUGCCAGCUCGCAAUGCUGGAAGGGUGCUGCGAUUACCAGGAGCUUGA